AAUAGCUCAGUGGAAGCAUUUGAGGAUCAACCAGCGCAUCUCUCGUCUACCACCACUUCCUGCAGCGCAUAUCGUUCGUCUCAUCCGCCAUCUCGUUGUGUGUAGUGCUCCGCAUUCUACUUCGUACCAAUUGUAGGGGGAUACAUCGUUUGGUUCUAGUCCAUCUCUCCUUCCAACAUUAUCUUUUCAAUCACGCCACCGGGCCUCGAAUAUCAAAUUUGACGGCAGUUAGAGAGAGCCAUGGCUCGUUCAAUCACUUUCGCCGUCGCUUUAGCCUCUCUGGCGGUUAUUUGCCUGUCCUCCGUCAUCGUUGACGGCGCGGUAGCAAUAACGACCGCGCCGACAACAACACCAGCCCCGACGGCAAGGGCGACACCCGCGACAUCCCCGACCGCCAAGGCAACACCCCCGCCGACUAGGACACAGCUGCGCGCCGAGCUGAAGAAGCUGUCGGCGACGAUCACGAAGAAGUACCCCAAGUACUCCAAGUACUCGACGCAAGUCAACAAGGCCAUCAACGUCGCACUGAACUCCAAGUACGACCUGACGGCGCUCAAGAACUGCACGAUCCUGCUGAUGAGCGACGUGGUGGCGGACAAGCUCUCUCUCCGCUUCAAGGGCAAGAAGCUCUCGUCCGACACGGCCUACAACCUCACGGCCGUGCAGAUAAUCGCCACCCGCUACACGCUGCCGCAGCUGCAGGCGAUCAAGAAGGGCACGCUGCUGCCGACCCAGCUCAAGGGCGUCAGCAUCGUGAAGAUGUCGCCGGUCGGGCCGACCGUGGCGUUCGGGCAGCAGGGCCUGGCGAAGCCGACGUGGAGCACGGUGCUGGACCCUCAGAUGUAUGUGGGCCCGUACUUCGUCGCGCACGGUGUGGACAACCCGCAGUUCCCCAAGGGCACGCAGCUGCCUGCUUAGGCGAGGAAGCAGAAUGAAGUGUGAUUUACGUCGGCGGCGUGGGACACGUGGCGGAAAGUCACUGGUCAGCGCUAUGCUUACAUAACCUCUCCUCGCUAGUAGGUGUUUUGCUUAGAGUGCGGAUGUGAUGUCUCCUUCCAUGCCAGACACCUUUCUGGUGCGUGCCAUGUCAUCUCAAUGGCUCCAGGUUUGCCGUAUACACUCUCCUAGGGGAGAACUUUAGGGAGGACCCAUCACGUCACGUGCAUGCUGUUAUACGUUGCUCUCUUCUAAAUUCCUGAAACCUCUCUCCUCUCCAUUCCCUGCUUUAUUUGAAGCAAUCUUCCAAACUUCUUAGAUUUGGGUGUUUUGACGUGCCCUAAACAUGGCCUUCCUUUCACUUCAAAAUGUCGAAAACCAAUCUACCCUGAUAUGAGAUGAGAGUGCUCCCGUCUAGUAGUUUAUUAGUAAGUACAAUAAAAGCAGCAUACUGUAGUAUUGAAGAGGCUAUGCUAGAUUGAACAUAUGCAGAGGUUUCAUGUGGUUAAUAGUGUGAGAAAGUAACGAAGGUGGAAGCAAAUAUCUAAAGCUCUACAGUAC